AUGUCAAAGCUUACUGUGACUCUCUCUACUCUGCUCCUGCUGCUGGUGGCACUGAUGACUCUGGGUGAAACUAGUCCUCUGAAAAUAGAUAUGCACAAGAACGCACAGAACACAAAAUGCUGCACAGAAUACCAAAAGGACCCCAUCCCCAAGAUGAGGCUGAGAGAGUACGCAAUCCAACAUAUCAGAGGGAGAUGUAACAUCAAGGCUGUGAUAUUCACCACUGUGAAAAGGGAUUGGGACAGACCUGUCUGUGCCGACCCCAGCCAGCAGUGGGUACAGGAUGCCAUUGAACGCAUCAAGUAA